AUGGUUUCCCGCGGAGUAUCUCCCAGAGAUUUAGUUACGAACGAGAGGUGGUUUCAUGGACCCAAAUGGACCCAAUGGCCGAUGCAAAGUGUUGCAAGGCCAAAAGACGAGAUCCUCGAGCGGAAACGGAUUGUUCUUGCCAUUGAAGCAACAUCUCCAAAGAUAAAUGAAAUAUUCACUCGCUAUUCGUGCUGUCACAAGCUUAUAACCAUCACGGCCUAUUGCCUUCGAUUUUUGCACAAUACUCGAAUCAAAACUGGGCGAAUUUACUCUAGAGUUCCCUUAGUGAAGGAGCUAACUGGCGCUAGGACAGCAUUAGUGAAAUUAGUCCAAGCUGAAUCUUUUAGGGAUGAUUUGAAAGAACUGCAAAAAUCCGCUAUAGUAUCCAGGAAAUCGAAUCUGAAGCUGCUGAAUCCUUUCAUCGACUCUGAAGGUGUAAUUCGCGUGGGUGGCUGGUUGAGGCUGUCAGACGAGUUAUAUUCAACCAAACAUCCGAUGUUGUUGCCCGGGUUUCAUCCUUUCAGCAAGCUGCUUAUCCUCUCUUAUCAUCGGUCUCUCAUGCAUGAAGGAACGAAUCUAACUCUCGCAGUAAUUCGGGAUCAUUUCUGGCUCGUCCACGGAAGACGUGCUGUGCAAUCCAUCAUAAGGAAAUGUCACAGUUGUGCUCGCGUGGAUCCAAAACCAUUUCAGCAACCAACUGGACAACUUCUACGCUCUCGUGUUAUUCCCAGUCGACCGUUUUCUAGUACGGGUAUAGAUUACUGUGGCCCAGUAUACAUUCGUUCAACUCAACGCAAGACAACCCCUACGAAGGCUUAUAUAGCAAUAUUCGUGUGCUUUAGUACCAAGGCAGUACAUAUCGAGCUUGUCGGUGAUCUGACAACACCGGCAUUCAUAUCCGCUCUACGUCGCUUUGUGGCGCGACGUGGAAAACCAGAACACAUUUAUUCGGACAACGCAAAAACGUUCAUCGGUGCAAAUAAUGAACUCAAUCGAUUGUAUCGUAUGCUGCAACCUGGUCCCGAUUCUGAAUUGAUUGCUGCUAGUACUGCCAGAAUGGAUAUUCAAUGGCAUCUUAUUCCCCCUAAGUCGCCCAACUUCGGUGGACUCUGGGAAGCUGCUGUGAAAGUGGCGAAGAAACAUCUUGUUCGUCAAAUUGGGAACACAUCACUAACGUACGAAGAUAUGGCCACUGUACUGACCCAAAUAGAAGGGUGCAUGAACUCUCGCCCACUAAUAGCGCUUACAGAUGAUCCCAAUGAUUCGUCGGUACUGACUCCUUCGCAUUUUUUGCUUGGAUACUCUCCACAAUCAGUACCGGACCCCGACGUAAGGAAUGUACCUAUAAAUCGGCUUGAUAGGUACCAGCGAAUUCAAGAGAAGGUGCAGCAUUUCUGGCAUAGAUGGAGGUCAGAAUAUCUACGACAACUAAAUCACUUGACAUGUGUUAACCCAAAGCAGAGUUCCAUCAAAAUUGGCAGUAUUGUUAUCUUGAAGGACGAACUGUCGCCCCCAUUGAAAUGGCCACUGGCGCGAGUGCUAGAAAUCCACCCAGGGAAAGACGGUGUAACCCGUGUUGCUACUCUACGCACUACUAGUGGAAUCUUCAAGCGAGCAGUAUCGAAAAUCUACCCACUGCCAUCGUGCGAAGAAGAUGAUGAUGUUGACUACCUGCAGCAACAGGACCCUCCUGGAGAUCAAUGA